GCGCAUGUAUUAGAGUCGCAGUGCGAAACUCGAGGCUGUAGAUCGCCAUAGGAGCCGGUGUCCGAUGGCUGCAGACCCUGCUGUGAUUGAGGAUGCCUGCCUGAGUCCUCUCCUGGAGGAGGGGUUCGAGGCGAAGUCGUUUGCAGCGGCCACCAUGCAAAAUCAGAUGGUGGGAGACACCCUCCAGAAACUGGCCAUCGGCAUCGCCGCUCUUGACAAGGAACUAUACUCUCAGGUUGUUACAAAUUAUGAGGAUCUUUUGUCACAGGCAACUGGCAUAGAGGCUUUGGAAGGUGUCCUGAAGAUGAUGCACACUAGGAUUGAGUCCCUAAGGACGGCAGUAGACAGAAUAGGGUCAAAGGUCAUUGACCCGUACCAGGUCAUAGUAUCAAGAACCAGACAGCUCUCAAGACUCCAGAAUGUGUGUGACCUACUGAGGAAGGUGAUCCGGAUGCUAUAUCUACUGAAGAGACUGAAGUCCCAGCUACAAGGAGGGACCAGGGAGAUCACUAAAGUCGCUCAGACUUUCAGCGAGAUUGACCAGUUGUCAGGCAGUGGAGAUCUGAGUGGAGUGGUAAUUCUGGAGGAGGAGGGGGUGUGGCUAGCCCGAGCCAGGCGGGAGGUGGAGUCUCAGGCUAAGAAGAUGCUCAUGCAAGGCUUGGAGCUCAUGAACUCGAGCCAGGUGGGCGUGGCUUUGCAGGUGUUUCACAACCUCACCCAGCUCCCCUCCUCCCUCCUCACCAUCCUCACCGGCUACAAGGAAGCCAUUCAACACGACAUCCAGAACUCUCUGGACCCCUCCUCCCUCGUCCUCUCCUCCAACGGCAGUGGUCCAGGAAGAGCCAGUCUGCCUCUCGUGGGGACCACGGCCUCCUGGAAGGCAGUGCUCUGGACCAGACUGGACCAGUUGGUCGUCUCUGUACAGAAAGCCUAUGGCCAGGUACAUCAGUUGCAUACAGUACUGGUGAAGAAGAGAGAUCCUCAUACUCAAGUUUCCUUCCUGGACAACAUCAAUGGAACACCAGCUCAUCAUCUGCUGACCAACUUCUGGGAGGUCAUCACUGAAGACUUGGGAGUGGAGCUGGUGGCGGCUGCCAAAGCGUCGAUAGUGAUGAACCAGGCUUUUGAGACGGACUACCCAAAACUGGUGAAGAUUUUCUCAGAACUGCUGGUGAGAAUUGAGCAGUUUGCAACCCCCGAGACUCCGCCUUCUUCUCUCUACAAUAUAAACCCUCCCUCCUCCUCCUCCUCAUCUGGAGGCCAGACUGGCUCGACCUACGAGGCAGCUCUUCUGAAGGCCCUCUCUCCGUUUGAGAAGUCGUAUGUGUCUCGCUCUCUCUCUCGUCUCUUUGACUCCGUGAACCAGCUGUUUGUUCCAGGGGCCAGAGCCACACCCACUAAAGACACCCUUCAGUCUACCAUCAGAACCAUCACUAGUGAGCUGGGAGCAGCUGGUUCCAGCAGGGCCCUAGCUGGGGUCAUUGCCAGAAACGUAGAGAAGACAAUGCAGCUGUUUAACAUGAAGUGUGAACAGGCGCUGAUGACAGGGAGGGAUGCGGUGCAAGUGUCGGGACCUCCAAAUGCAGCUCAACUGAAGAAUAUUGGAAUCGCCAACUCUCUCUUUGCCUUCUCGACCCUCGUCUCUCAGCACAUACUGAGUCUAUCUACACUGCCUCCAAAUGCCCACCGCAUCAUCUCUUCAGCUUUAGAGGGUACGAUGGCUCAGAUGUGUUCGGUAGUGUCUCUGUUUGUUGGAGAAGUUCAGAGAGUGAUGGAGGAGAUAGUCGUCAGCAUGCACCAGGAGAACUUUGGGAGUGAAUUGAUGGCAGUAUCGGGUACCCCAGACCAGCCUUGCUCUGGAUACCUGAGAGAGCUGCAGGCAUUCACUGCCAGAAUCCACUCCCAGCACUUGUCUCUCUACCACUGCACUGCUGAGGUGGAGAAACAACUUCGAGAGGUGAGUGAGCGUGUGCUUGAGCUGUUUGUCCGCCAUGUCUGUCUUCUCCGGCCGCUGCGAGAGGGAGGGAAGAUGAGGGUCACCACCGACAUGGCUCAGAUUGAGUUAGCUCUGACUCCGUUCUGUUCCAGACCAGGGGAACUGGGUCGCCCGUAUCUGAUGCUGCGCACACUCAGACGUCUUCUGUUCCAGGAGACGGACCUCGCCCUGUCGGAGACAUCAGGAUUGGGCAACCAGCUACCAUUCAGCUACGCUCUCCACCAUCUCUUCUCAAGGGCUCCUCCUGACAUGACAUCACCUCACCAGUUGAAGGGAUGGACAGAAAAGGCAUACUCUGACUGGAUGGACAAACAGACAAUUGAGAGAGACAGACUCGCCUUCAUUCAGGCUACUCUUGAUGCCUAUUCAAAGAGAAAGCGAGGACAGGCUAGGUCUCAGUAUGCAGAGGUCUAUCCCGUGAUGGUGUCUCUGUUAAAGAGAGGGCUCGAAGUAGGGAGGGAGGGAGAGGGGGAGAGAGGAAAGUAGGAGGCAGAAAGGAAAGAGGAGAGGGAAGAGGAAAAUGAACUUGUCUGAACUUUACUGUUUGUAUUCAAGCGCAAUUCAGAAACUGAACAUUCAUAACAUUCACAUCCAUACAUCUACAAAUAUCAAUAAAGCCAAAGUUUCAUCUAAACCAAUACAACAACAAACUUAACGGUGCUGGAAUAGGGAGGGAGAUGAGAGACCAAAAAACCAGGAAAUCACGUCGCAAACUUUAGACAUUAGUUCAUAUAUAGGAGGACAGAGGGCACCCAUACUAGGUACUAUGAGAGUCAAUUAGGAAGUUUGGCAAAGCGAGAGUGCACGAAUUACAGAGUUAAAGUGCUGCAUGUGUAGGGUGUGUGCUUCAUGGAAUGGCGGUGAGAGUGGCAGAGAGCGUAAGUGAAAGUAGACCGGAAUCGAUGCAAAGUGAACAAGAGAGGGAAAUGUGUGCUGGUUGCAGUUGCAGUUGCAGUUGUAUACUUGUGUAUUAGUUGAUGACAAGUGAAUAGUUGACGGUGGUAUAAUUGGAGGUGGGGAGAAGGACAAAACCGAGCACAAACUGAUGUGGUGGUACAGUGAAUGUGAAAUGAUUUAUCCGUCGUAUAGCUUCACACAAAUUCGAUGGUUGUCACUCCGGCAGCAAUGAGGCUCUCCUCGGAGUCCUCUUUGUCAGAGAGUUUCCUGAAUUUCACACUGUCGUGGCUGUAGGUGCUGUCGUUGCUGCUGUCUCUUUUAUCCCCCUCCUCUUCUCUCUCCUCCUCAUCCUCGUUAUCAACGUCCUCUCCUUCCUCUGUGAUACACGGGAGUCCGCCAGCAUCGCUGUAGCUGUAGCUCGCCGAGUGAAAAUGGGCAAUCUCUGUGGAUUGUGCAGCGAAGCGCUCAGUGGGGACAAUCUGGGUGGGGAGGAUUUCGAUCUCAAUAGACGUUUCUCCAUCAAUGUGCACUCAUGAGAGGGGUGCAGUCGUCAGCGACAGAUAGGGACGCGGGUUCGUUGAUGCUGCUGCGCGGUGACAUGAGGUAGUAAGGAGAGUUUGGGUCCACGUUGAGAGUGAUGUACUGCCCGUCGUUUGCCGUGGUGUGGAGAGAUCGGAAGACGUGAUGGAGGGUUGAGAAUGAUGGUCGGUCGCCUGGGAAGGCCGCGCAGCACUUGAGCAUAAUCCCAUAGCUAAUGAAUGAGGGAGGGGAGGGGGAAGAGAAAGGA